AUGUGCCACGGCUCCUUUUGGACCGGCCUUGGUGGCGGUUGGCCCCAACUUUUCGGCCCAAUCCGAAAAAAAACCAGGAAAACCCUUUUCCCGGUUCGUUGGUUCUCCACCCCACGAUUUUUCGCUGGAUUAUGUUCGGUUCGGGGCGAGGCUUCGGGGAAACUGGGUUGGGAAGGAAUUCUGAAGGGCGUUCUGGCCGCGCGGGGGGUUAGCUGGGAGGGGAACCGCGGUUUUCCGUGUCGUCCGCCCUUGUGGCGCGUUUUGCCUUUUCUGGGUCUUCUUGUGGUUGGGUUGCGGUGUGGGUCCGCAUGGCUUUCCAUGGCUGUGGUUGGGUUUCUCGUUUCUUUAGAGGUGUCGACCUGGGUGGCUGGAGAUUCGUUUGUUCGUGUUUUUUUGCUUGAUGCUGAUCAUUGUUUAUUUUGUUUCUUGUUCUACCGCGUCUGCUUCUUCUUCGACUAA